AUGGACCCCGUGAGAUACGUCUUGGAUGAUGAUUACAUUAGCUCAAUGGGGUCCAAAUUUCCAGUCCGCUGGUCCCCUCCAGAGGUUCUUCUGUACAGCAAGUUCAGCAGCAAAUCAGAUGUCUGGUCUUUUGGUGUUCUGAUGUGGGAAGUUUAUACUUUGGGGAAGAUGCCCUAUGAGAGGUUUACCAACAGUGAAACAACAGAACAUGUGACCAAAGGGCUCCGCCUCUAUCGCCCCCAGAUGGCUUCUGACAGAGUCUACAGCAUCAUGUACAGCUGCUGGCAUGAGAAACCUGAGGAACGUCCCACCUUCCAGUUCCUCCUGGGAAACAUUUUGGAUUUAGCAAACGAAGACCCCUGAACGGCCUCCAGUAUCACAAGAAGGGAGUGCAUUACUAUUCGUUUGGGCCUACCCAUGUGUCUGCUGAAGAAUUCCUGUACAGACACUGGAUGGAUGCAUCUGCGGGAAUGCAUCAUGCCCCCUCCCACAGCCUUACCUCAAAGACAGAACCUAAUUAGAUCCAUCAAACAAUACAGAUUCCAUUCUCUGCCUUUGUGUAAUAAUUGGAUUGUUCCUGAAGUCACCAAAUGCUUGAUGACUGAUUUGACUAUGACAACAAAUGUUGGCUAAAAACUUUCCUUGGCGGAGGCAAUUUCCUUUCAAUUCAGUGUCAAAAUGAAUGAAACUCUCCCUGUAAUUCUGAAUGGAAUGGUGAAUGGAAAUAGCUACUCAAAGAUGCACAUUUUCUGAAAUCUGCUGUGCAUUGCUGGAAUAACAAUAACAAGAAAGGACAGAGAAAUGAAAGAUGUCUCAUACAAAGGAAUGCUCUGAAUUAUAUUAUCUGGUAGUGUCUUGACCGACAGCAUAGUUGCAUUUCAUUUGACAGGUCCCCGUUUUUGUUUUCCACAUAAUUCCCGUUUACAGGUACUUUAUUUUGCUCAACUGUAAGUUUCUGUUUUUAAUUAGUUUAAAAAUGUAUACAUUUAUGUAUAAAAUCGGUUACUGUGACACUCAUAUUCCUCCUGAUCUCUGAAUAAAUUAGAUACAGUAACCUGAAAAAAGUCAGAAAUGGGAAAUUAGUGACAAGACUGUAAACCUAGGCUACCAGUAAAUAAAAUGAAUGUGUUU